GAAUUUGGGUGGCAAUAAGAUCAACGGCAGCAUUCCCGAGACCAUCACCAAGCUGAAGAAGCUCGAAUUCUUCUCUGUGGCGUUCAACAAGUUGAACUCAGAAUUGCCAGACUUUCUUUCCGAGCUCACAGCGCUCACACACAUAGCAAUGGGCUUCAACCAACUCAAGGGUUCCAUCCCCACCAGCUUUGGCACUCUCUCACACCUGCAGCGAAU